AUGCUAAAAUCUUUGUUUUUAUUGGGUGUUUUGUUUUGUAGUUGUCUAAGCAAACAUAUAGAGUAUUAAAUAGUGGAACUUGAGGAAGUCAAUUAUAAAAUAGUGAUAAAAGUAAUAGAUUUUUCAGCUUAUGCUCUUUCAGGUGUAUUUAUAAAUGUGAAGUACUUGGUUAUGUAAAAUUUAGGAAUGGUAAUUCAGAUAUAGGAGAGAAGAAUCUAAUGACAGAUAGUAGUGGUACAGUUACUAUAACUGGAAAAUUUGCAAAAUAAAAUUCAUACUAAAUAAUUGCUGUUGCAUCAACAACUUUCAAUAAUAUUUAGGCAUCUGCUUAAAUUAAUGGAAUUGUUGAUCAAUCUGGAACUAUAGUUUUCAAUGGAAAAGUCUAAUUUACAUAAUCUGAUGUAUAUGUCAAAGAUGAAUUUCAGCGUGGCUUAAUAUUUGUAAAUAUCAAUUCUAAUUAAAGAUAAAAACGCUAUCCAAUACAAAACCAUUACCUGGAGUAUUAAUUAAAUUUACUGCUGUUUAUUUAGAUGUGUCAAAGUAGACAAAAGAAGUCAACUUUUUAGCAAUAACAAAUGAAAAAGGAGAAGAAAAUGUACGUUUUUUAUUACCUACCACUGGAGGUUCAUUCACCAUUUUAUAUACAGCAUCUAAAUUUGAAUAUUGGAACACUUAACAAUUAGAUAGAAAUUCUUAACAUUUCGUUUUAUGGCCGUAUUAGAAUUCUUUAUUAUAUUAGAGAAUAGAAAUAUGAAUUAUCAGUUAAUAUUGAGCUCUAACCUGGACAAUUUUAAUAUCUUUUGACUGCCUUAAUAUAAGAUUCAAAUUUAAAACCAUUACAAGGAGCUAAAUUUUAAGUUACAGGAACUAAUUUAGGAUCAAAUUAAUAAUUAAUAGAAAAUAAUAUUAUUAGUGGAUCUGAUGGAAAAAUAUCAAUUAUUUAUAAUCUAAAAGCUACUCCUAAAUUGCAUUUGAAAGAAUUAGUAACUAAAGACGGAUAUCAAAGUUAUAGUUCAGAAUUUGAUUAAGAUUUUGAUCUCAAUAUUAAAAAAGAUCAAUUUACAAAGGAUUUAGGAAUAAUUAAAUUAUAAGAUGCUUCUGGAGAUUUAUAAGUAUAAUCUAUCUUAAAUUAUUUGUUAGAUUUCAGGUAUUAUUAAAGACUCUUCAAAAAUAUUUUAAUUUGUUUAAGGUGCUGAAAUUGUGUUCACUAUUAUUGAUAGUAUUUAACCAGUAAAAGUCUUAACUGAUGCUUAAGGAAAAUUCAAUGUACAUAUCUUUGUACCAUCAAAUUAAAAUUUAUAAGUUAAGGCAAAUGUGAAAGCCAAAGGAUUUAUUGAUUAAGAUAUUCCACCUAAAUAAAUCAAUGUCCCUUCUAAAUAACCUUUUUUAUUACAAUAUGAUAUUGUACUUGAUAGAAAGGUUAAUGAAAUAAUCAUCAAAGAUUAAUUAGUAGAUCUAAAUGGAAAUCCUAUCUAAAAUCCGAAAAUUAAAUUAAUUGAAAGUAAUCCUCCCAUGAAUGAUAAAUCGCUCUAUAAUAAAGAGAUAAUAGGAAAAUAAGAGUAAUUAAUAUUAUUUAUUUAAAUAGUGGUACAUUUGAAUAUAAAUUUGCUUGUUAUGAAGAUUAAAAGUUCACAGCUACAUUUGUAUUUCAAGUUCAAUAAUUUGUACCUGUUACUUACAAAACAGCUGAAUUAGAAUGUAAAAAUUAAGACUUAAUUAAAACUUCAAUAUCUUUAUCUAAAUCAACUUCCCUUCUAACUAUUAAGGGUAAAGUUCUUGAUGUUGAUUAGAAACCUAUGAAAGGAUUAUAACUUACAUUUAAAUCUGAUCCAAAUUUAACUAUUGCUAAUCCAAAUUUAGUAACUGAUGCAAAUGGUGAUUGGUAAAUUGACAAUUUAACUGUUAUACCUUAGAAUAAUUAUAAAUUUACAAUCGAAUAUAUGAAUGAUAUUAAAUAAUUGACUUAAGUAUCAUCUACAUAUACACCUUCAAUGGAUAAAUAAUAAACUUAUACUUUUCCAAUAAUUGGAUAUUAAAGAUUUGUUAAAGUCAAAUUAACUGGUAGAAUAACACCUUCUGAUGGAAAAGCAUCUGUUCCAAUACCAUUGGUGAUUACUUGUGAUUCUAAAGGGAGAGAUGGUAAUCCAAUAUAGGUGGAAACAACUACUAAGGAGGAUGGAUCAUAUUCUGUUGAUUUGGAAACAUUGGCAGGAUCAGAUAAACCUUUAUAAUGUGUAAUUACUAAUGCUUAAAUUAAAUUGCCUGGAUAAUCGGGUUAAUCUGGAUCAACUGGAUCUAGUGGAUCUACAGGAUCAACAAAUCCUGUCUCAGUUUCAAGUGUUUAACCUAUAAAAAUUAAUGUUGAAGUAAAAGGUCCAAGUUGGUCUUCUAGUACUAAUAUACCAAUUACUUAUAACAGUGUUGAUAUUACAAUAAAAGGGAUAGUGAGUGAUAAAACAAAAACAAUAGGAGUAAUAGAAAACACAGAUGUAGUGUUAAUAAUUACACCAUAAGAUAUCUAUGUUUAGAACAAACACUUAUUGGAAUAAUAUUUAUUCUAUAAAAGACAUUAUCAGAAUACAUUAUCAUAAUCAAAAUUAAGCACAAAGACUGGAAAGGAUGGUUCAUAUGUAUUUAUUUUUAAAGCUGUGUAAGCAUAUACUUUAAAAUUUUAAAUUUAAGCAUAAAAUCCUUUGUUUAAAACCGAGAAUAAGAUAAUUGAAGAGAAAUGUUUAUAAUCUAUUACUUUAAAUGAAAAUAUUGAAUUGGAUAGAAUAACAAUAUUAACAAAAUUACAUUCUACUUUAUUCAGUAGUGAUAAGAAACCUAUUCCAAAUGCUACUAUUAAGAUGACUUAAUCAGAACCUUUGAUGAAGGAUUCUAAAUAUUAUAAUAUAGAAAUUAAAGGCGAUGAUAAAGGAUCAUUUUAUGCUAAUUUUGAAUGUUACAAAGAUUUUGAAUAUAUUGUUACAUUCUAAAUAGAUGUACCUUAAUAUGAGGAAUAAAAAAUUAAAAGUUCUAAAUUUAAAUGUGAUAAAGAAUAAAUUGAAUUGAAUCCUAUAACUUUAAAUUUAUAGAAGUUAGAAAUCAAAGGUAUUUUAGUAGGAAAGGUAGUAGAUCCUCAUGGUAAACCAGUUGCUAAUUUACCAAUUACUAUCACAACAUAACCUGACAGUGCAACAAUAACAACAAAAAGUUAAAGUGAUGGUACUUGGACAGCUACAAUUUCUAAAAUUUAUCCUAAUACUGAAUACAAAGCUAUUAUUUAAUAUUAAGAUAUUAAUAAAGAAAAUUAGAAAUUAGAAUAGAAAUUUUCAGUAUAGAGUGAUAAUCAAAAAAUAUCUGUUUAGGAUAUUAAUUAUAUUGAUUUGGUAGAUGCUAGGAUUAUAGGGAAAAUUGAGUUAGAGAAAGGUAUAUUAUCAUAACCAGUAACUAUGAAUUUGAGUUGCUAAGGGUUUAAGGAUUCAAAAGGUCCAAUUAAUAAAGAUUUUACAACAGAUAAAAAUGGAAAUAUUGAUAUUUCAUUUUAAAUAUUAACUAAACAUGAUGAUAAAAUUGAAUGUUUUAUAAAACCAAAAAAUAUAAUUAUAGAUACUGGAUAUAAAGUUGAAUUAAUACCUCCUAAUUUUGAAGUAAAUGGAUUAACAAUAAAAAGUAAAUUCUUAUCAACAUUAUUUACAAUAAAUGGCAAAUUGAUUGAUGAAACGAAAAUUGAAGAGAAAUUAUCAGGGAUAUCAAUAAAUCUUAACUUAAAAUAAUAAGAUCCACUUACUAAUUAAUAAAUAAAAAUCAAAAGUUUAAAUGAUGGAACAUUUACAUUAAUAUUCGAACUUCUAAGAGGUAUUAAUUAUGAUGCAACAAUUACUGUUGAUGCUUAGCCAUAAUUUUAAAUUACUAAUUAUAAUAUAUAGUUAAUUGGAAAAGAAGAAAAAUAAUCAAUUAAUUUAAGUAUUUCAUUAAAGAGAGUUAUAAUUGAUUGUAUAAUAAAUGGAUCCUUGAUUGAUUCUAAAAAUAAUCCAAUCUAAAAUGCAAAGGUUGAAAUCUUAAGUUCGAUACCAUAAAUGUAGAAUAAUUUAUUAUACAAUAAAUUAGUUUAAGCAAAUAAAGGGGAUUUCUCAAUUCCAUUUUAAUGUUAUAAUUAAGUAUCUACCACAUUAAAAAUGGAUAUGUAAUCAGAUGCCUUUCCUAAAUAACCUUUACCUCCUCAAACUUUUACUUGUGGUGAAAAAGAUCUCAAACUUAAAACAAUAUAAGUAUCCACUAAAACAGUAUAAAUAACAGUCUCUGGUGUAUUAACUGAUAAAACUGGAAUUUCGAAAAAUGCUUAAAAUGCAGAUAUAGAAAUAGUUUUAACUCCACCAGAUCCUUUAGCUACAAAUCUUAAAACUAAAUCUGAUUCAAAUGGAAAAUAUACCUUAACUUUUGGUGCUGUCUAAGAUUAAACUUAUACUGCUGUCAUCCAAAUAAAUCAUCCAGAAUUUAAUCCCUUUAAAUCAUCUAAUAUUGCAAUAACAACUAAUAAAGAUUAAACUAUAAAUCAAGAUGCUGCAUUAGAUAGAAUAAUAUUAUAAGCCACAAUAUCAUCUACUUUGACUGAUCCUUAAGGAAAAACAUCUCCUAUUUCAACAUUAACAGUAGAAUCACUUUAACCUAUUGUUAAAGGAACAGAAAAAAAUAAAAUAACUAGUAAUACUGAUACAAAUGGUAAAUUUAAUCUAUAAAUACCUUGUUAUAAAAAUACAGAAGAAUCUUUUAUUUUAGAUGUUUAAGCUGAUAAAUAUAAAGACACAAAAAGUGAUAAAAUAUCUUUUUUAUGUAAUGGACCUUAAAUUUAACUACCACCAAUUAAAAUAAAGUAAGAAUUAACUCCUACUAAUACUAAAUUAACUGUUGGAGGUGAAAUCAUUGGUCCAAAAGGUAAAGGAUAAUCUGGAGUCUAAAUAACAUUAAUUACAGAUCCAGUUACUAAAGAAUAUAAUGCUAAAACUGGAUCUGAUGGUAAAUGGUAAUUAUCAGAUGAUUAAUUAUAAUUUGGAAUAAAAUAUUAAGUAACUGAAUAAUUUUUAGAUGCUAGUGGAUAAAUACAUAAAAUUACAUUACCAUUUUAAACAAAUGAUGAGAAGUCAGAAUUGAUGUUUCCAUAAUAAUUAUACGAUGAUUAUUUACCAUUUGAAGUGAAUGGUUAAGUUACUUCUGAAGGAGGAAUAGCUCCAACCAAUGUACCUGUUUCUAUGUAAUGUGAUGGUUAUGGAUAAGACAAAAGACCAAUUGACAUUAAAACUAAUACUGAUAAUUUAGGUCUUUAUUAAAUAAAGUGGAAUAUGUUAAUGAAUUCUAAUUCUAAAGUUUAAUGCUUUGUAAUUACUUAAGAAACAGCUAAAUUUAAAUAAACAUCCUAUUAGUUCUAUAUUAAUCCAAAUAGUGAAAUUGUAAAGGUAUCUACUUAAGCCUAAGUAACACCAGAAUUCAAAGGAUAACUUAAUAAAUAUUAUCAAUAUUCUUCUAUAAGUGGUGUUGUAAUGGCAGAAUUUGAUUGUGAUGGUAGAUUAGAUUGGAGAGGAUUAGAAGGAGUCAAUAUUAAAUUAAAAUAAUGGAAUGGUAUUACAUUUAAUGAUUUAAAAACUGAAACGAAGAGUGACAAAAAUGGUCUCUUUGUUAUCAAAUAUUAAGUAUUAAAAAGGUAUUCUAUAUAAUUAUUAAUUAAUAGUUAAAUAUAAAAUGAGAUGAGAUUGGAUUUUAAUAAAGAAAGCUAUUAUCCAGCUUCAGCAGAUUUUAAUAUCUAUUCUUUUGAUCCUUAACCAGAUGGUACAUAUCUAGUCUAAUUAUCUAAUAUUAAGAUGGUUAAAAUUGGAGUUGCAGAUAAAUGUCCAUAAAAAAAACGUAAACAUUGA